AUGGCCACAGCAGGCCGACAAGCUUCUUUGGAGGUGAUCUACAACACCCAUACUAACCAUGUUUCAGAUCGGUCGAAUGGCCAAUACUACCAACGAGGUGGCUACGACAGCUACUCGGUCUCCCGUGGCUACCAGUCAAGACCAGAAAGCUACGUCGAUGCGUACGGCAACGGCUACGGCUCGGCCGUGGAUAUGAGCCAGUAUAACUACAGCAACCAACGUCCUGCUCGAGCCGGACCUCCCCGCCAGGCUCCUCCACCUCGCACUAACUCAGACCCUAACUACGCCUACAGCUCUUACCCAACACACUACCCCAGCAAUGCCAGCUCUUACUACCCCCAGCCGCAGUACCAGGGCCAGCAGGACAACCCGAACUCCAACUCUCCCUCGGGCUCCGGCGGUAGAUCUGUGGACCACUGGGUAAACUCAACGGAUCCGAGCUCUGUCAAUAGUUCCAUGGAUAGGUUGGCUCAGCAGCAGCAACAACAACAACAAAAUCAUCCCCAAGGCCAGAAGUAUGAUGACCAGCCUGCCGAGUCAUAUGGGUUCGCUGGCUUCGGCACCGAUCCACAGCUAGAGCAGUCCCAGCAGCUCAUGAAUUCCGGCCAGGAGAACAUCUACAGUGCGCCUCCUCAGCAGCAAAUAAGACAACAGUACCAGGCUCCUCCUCCCGUUCCCCGGAAGGAAGUUCCCGUUGCCGUUCCUCCCCCGGCUGUGACAGGAGCAACACUGCAGGAAGCAGGACUUGAUCCAGCCAUGUACGAUUACAAAACACAACAAACCAAAAAGCCUACGCAUUUACUUUUUUCUUUCCUUUCCUCUUAA